GGCACUGCGAGUAGACCUGUAAGGCGUAUAUCCUUGAGGGCCACACGCUGUUUUGAUCCAGGUGACAUCGCCGACAAAGUCGGCAGAGCUCUAGAGACAAAGCGGGAAAAAAAGAACGACCAUGUUCAAAUCACUGGGCAAGAUGAUGGGUGGGGGUUCGAGUAAGAAGGGCAAGUCAAAAUUACAGGACAAUGACGAUCUUUCAAGCGUAGGGGCCGACGAUGUUUCGCUGGCCGAGAGCGGUUCGGGGAGCUACUCAAAGGGUAGAAGCGUGCCGGCGGCCAACGGGGCAUACGACAAUGGUGACGACCGAGGCGCAUCGGGUGCAGCGCCCGUCAAAAUCGAGAAGCACGGCGGGCUGAGCAAGCACGAGAGCCCAUUACCUUCGCCCUCGAACAGCGCACGAAAUGUGGAUGCCAAUGCAGAUCUCAGCACGACGAACAACGGAAGCUACUCAGAGAGCCCCACAAGCCUUCGCGAUAGCCAGACUUCAUCACAGCAGCAACGACCUCGGAAUAAUUCAGAUCUGAGUGCGCGAGGAGGAGGGGGAGGUGCCGGCGCUCCAGCAGCGCCAUCACCCUCGACUACUGCUGCAGCGGCCGCGGCAGCGGCAAACUCUCCACCAGGCAUCCCUACGACACAGACGAUCCUUGCCAACCCCAUCGGAGGGACAUCUCUCGGACCGGCUCCGAGGUCAGGCAGCGGUGGAUCAUCAGGACCCAACAACGGAGGAUCAACCGGUGGAUUCGCAGGGGUCGGAGCACAAGGGCCAGGACUAGGAGCAGGUGGACCAUCGUCAGGAUCGGCUUCGACGGCUGGCUCGACCGCGGGAAGUGGAGCUGAGCAGGUACGGACGUUCGACAUUGACGACAUGAUUAAUAGGCUCCUCGAAGCGGGCUAUAGCACCUCUAAAUUGCCCAAGCCUGCGCUCAAAAAUGCUGAAAUCACAGCCGUGUGCACGGCAGCGCGCGAGGUGUUCCUCUCGCAGCCGACUCUCAUCGAGCUGAGCCCUCCCGUCAAGAUCGUCGGUGACACGCAUGGUCAAUAUCAAGAUCUACUCAGGCUCUUUGAAAUGUGUGGGUUCCCGCCUCAGGCGAAUUACCUUUUCCUGGGCGACUACGUCGAUCGUGGAAAGCAAAGCCUCGAGACGAUUCUGCUACUACUCUGCUACAAGAUCAAGUACCCCGAAAAUUUCUUCCUAUUGCGCGGCAAUCACGAAUGCGCGAACGUCACAAGAGUCUAUGGAUUCUACGACGAGUGCAAGCGACGGGUAAACAUCAAAAUCUGGAAGACAUUCAUCGAUGUCUUCAACACGCUCCCCAUCGCUGCAGUCGUAGCGUCAAAGAUCUUUUGCGUCCACGGAGGUCUCUCCCCUUCCCUGUCCAACAUGGAUGAUAUUCGACGGAUAGAGAGGCCAACGGACGUGCCCGACUACGGCCUACUGAACGACCUCCUUUGGUCCGAUCCAAGCGACACGGCACUAGACUGGGAGGAUAACGAGCGCGGCGUGUCGUACUGUUUCGGCAAAGCUGUCAUUCAACAAUUCCUCGCCCAGUACGACUUUGACCUUAUUUGCAGGGCUCACAUGGUGGUAGAGGAUGGCUACGAAUUCUGGAACGAGCGGACGCUGGUGACUAUCUUCAGCGCACCAAAUUACUGCGGAGAAUUUGACAACUUUGGUGCGGUCAUGUCGGUCUCGGAGGAUCUUCUCUGCGCCUUCGAAUUGCUGAAGCCUCUCGACGGACAAGCACUCAAAAAGGAGAUGGCAAAGAACAAGCGGAGAAGUCUCAUGCAGCAUCAAUCUCGUGCCACUUGAUCUCCGCAACCUUCUUCGGUUCAAGUCCGAUGUCGCGCAAGCGGAGAGACGUCUUUCCGCUCUUGUCUCCUCUCGCCCUGUCUUUUACCGUCAAGCCUCCUCCUCAUCCUGAUGGGUACAUGACUCAACGAGACAGCGACGACGACAACGAGAGCAUGGACUCAUCCGACCAUCACCACCAAGCCAGAAUCCUCCCUUCUGUGUCACCGUCGCCGAAGACAAGGCAAAGAACUACGACCCGUCACGUUCUUCUCACAUGGCCAAAACGGCUUUCCAACUUCCUCUUCUCUAUCAUGACAAAUGACUUGUCGCUUUACUGUCUGAUUCGCGCUUU